GCCGCAGUCAACAAACCUCAGUCUUGUUGCAUUAGCGGCAGUACAUUUGUUGUUAAAAAUGUAUCGGUUUGUGCUUUUCCUAACUUUAUUUUCCUACGCAGCGUCAAAGUCUGAGCUGUCAUGUAGGCAUAUUCGCGAAUUCGUGGAUAGACAUAAUUAUUGGAGGUUGAAAUUGGCGAAGGGAGAAAUACCUAAUCAACCGGCGGCAUCGGAGAUGAAGUAUAUUAUUUGGGACGAGGAGUUGGCAGCAAAAGCAGCAAAAUGGGCCUCCAAUAAUGAAUUUAUGCAUAACCCGGAUAGAUCUGUAGGAUCAAAUCGCUUUUCUACCGGUGAAAAUAUAUUCUGGACAGCUUCCACUGAUCUGUCAUACAAAUUUGAACCAAGAAGUGCUGUGGAUUCCUGGUUCAGUGAACACAAAGACUUCAACUAUGGACCUUUGGAAGCUUGGCAAUUUGAGCCUUCUGCUAAAGAGACUGGUCAUUAUACACAGGUGGCAUGGUCCGACUCUAUUUAUUUAGGCUGUGGGGUCUCUAAAGAAUAUAAAAAUGGAUGGCUUAAUUACUACGUUGUAUGCAACUAUGGACCGACUGGAAAUUACUUGGGCAGGGCUCCCUAUCCCGCCGGACAGCCGAGUGGCCAGCUCGUAUGUGCCAACGACUGCAGUAGAUUCUACGGGGACAAGUGUUAUAUGAUAUGAUAAAUCUAUUUUAAUUUUAGUUAUGCUAUUGGUUUCAAUUAUAUUUAUUCCUAAUUC